AUGUUUUUAGCUGGUGCUGACAUCAAGGAAAUGGUGGACCACGAAUUUGCGCAGACUUUCCGAGGGCGAUGCUUGGAAGAGUGGACAGCUGUGAGCGAAACCUCCAAACCAGUCAUUGCCGCUGUGAAUGACACAGUUUGGACAGCUAAAAAUAAACAUUGGCACGAUUCCAGGGGCUGGUGGAACUCAAAGGUGGGCACGAGUACCUGGAAAGUCUAUGGCCAUGGAUGUUUGACAGGUAAUCGAGUAAGCGCUCAGGAAGCCAAGGACUGUGGUUUAGUAUCAAAAGUGCUCCCGGCUGAACAAGUCGUGAAUGAAGCUGUGAAACUAGGAGAGAAAAUUUCUGAACAGUCACCGCUUAUUGUGCAAAUGGUGAAGGAGGCUGAGCGGCGGCCUUGCCAUACUACCUUCGCUACAAACGAUGGCAAAGAAGGCAUGAACGCAUUUGCUGAGAAGCGUGCACCAAAGUGGACCUCUACGUGAUGCUUGAACAAGUUGCUCUAAGU